GUAGAGAAUGACAUUCAGCAAUAUGAUCAGAAACAACAGAGCAAGGUCAACAGUCUGACGUCAAAAACAGCGUCUCUAGAAUCGCAGGUGCGAAACCACACUAAUGAAAUAAAUGGUCUCCAAACCAGAUUGCUGAUCGAGCAGUCUAAAGUGAGUAAGGUGGACAAAGAUAUCACAGUCGUGCAUGAUGCUCUUGCACAGUUUAGGAAAACAACCCUGCCCAAAAUGAACCAAAUAGACAGUGAUGUCCAGACACUGACAACAAACUUGACCACCAUCGAUGCAAGUGUCAAGAGAGUAGCAAAGACCGCCUUUAACUUGGUGAGGCAAGUAGGACAAGAUAGUGCUAAACUUACAAGCUUAGACACACAGUCAAACCAACUGAAGACAGACGUUGGCAAAAUACAGACUGAUCUAACGUCACAGAAGAACGAAAUAAGGAACAUCCAGAGCGGAAUGACUUCAUUAAAAAAUGCCAUACCUCUAGCUGAGCUAACACAGAUGAACAAUAGCGUUCUUGACGUAUUGAAUGCAGUGUCUAAUGGCAAAACACCAACCAAAAAGCAGCUUCAAGACCUUACACAAGCUAUAACAGCUAUCAAAAAUAAACUUGGAUCCCUCAGCACUGGUCCCUCGUCCGGAUAA